AUGGUUUUAGCAGAUUUAGGUCGUAGGAUCAACAAUGCUGUCUCUGAGGCAACCAAGUCAUCGGUUGUUGACGAAUCAGUUGUCGACACUUUAUUAAAGGAAAUCUCCAAUGCGUUGAUGGAGGCUGAUGUAGAUAUCAAGUUGGUUAUUCAAAUGAGAAAGAAACUGAAAUCCAAGAUUGAUGACACGCCAAAUGUGAACAAGAAGAAGUUGAUCCAGAAGGCUGUUUUUGACGAAUUAUGCGAAUUAGUGGACGUUAAAGACGCCAAAGUUUUCAAGCCAAAGAAGAAGCAAUGUAACGUUAUUAUGUUUGUUGGUUUACAAGGUGCGGGUAAAACCACCACCUGUACAAAGGUUGCUGUUUAUUACCAGAGAAGAGGAUACAAAGUUGGUAUGGUGUGUGCAGAUACGUUCAGAGCAGGUGCAUUUGAUCAGUUGAAGCAAAAUGCCACAAAGGCGAGGAUUCCAUUUUAUGGUUCAUACACGGAGAGUGAUCCCGUUAAAGUUGCAAGUGAAGGUGUUGAGAAGUUCAAAAGGGAAAAGUUUGAAAUAAUUAUAGUUGAUACUUCCGGUAGACACCGUCAGGAGGAAGAGUUGUUUAAGGAAAUGAUUGAGAUUGGCGAUGCCGUGAAGCCAAACCAAACCAUCAUGGUGUUGGAUGCCAGUAUUGGACAAGCAGCAGAGGCGCAAGCAAGGGCAUUUAAGGAGUCAUCUAAUUUUGGUGCUAUUAUUAUGACGAAAAUGGAUGGCCAUGCCAAAGGUGGUGGUGCAAUUUCUGCCGUUGCCGCCAGUAAGACACCGAUUAUUUUCAUUGGUACAGGAGAACAUAUUCACGAUUUAGAGAGUUUUACGGCGAAGCAAUUCAUCUCCAAGCUUUUAGGUAUUGGGGAUAUCCAAGGCUUGAUGGACCAUGUCAAGUCAUUGAAUUUGGAUCAGGGAGACACAAUCAAGAACUUCCAAGAGGGUAAGUUCACCUUGAAGGACUUGCAGACGCAAAUGAACAACAUCCUCAAGAUGGGGCCGCUCUCCAAGAUUGCGCAGAUGUUACCUGGGGGGAUUGGAGACAUGAUGAACCAGGUUGGAGAGGAGGAAACCAGCAAGAGAUUCAAGAGAAUGGUUUACAUUAUGGAUUCCAUGACCAAGCAAGAGCUGGAGAGCGAUGGCUCGCCCUUUAUCGAUCAGCCAAGCCGGAUCAUACGUGUGGCCCGUGGUUCAGGAACCAGUGUUACGGAAGUUGAGGCCGUUUUGUUACAGAGAAACAUGUUUGCAAGUAUGGCCAGAACUACAAAGAGUAUGGCCCAGGGCGGCGGGAUGCCUGGAAUGCCCAACAUGCCCGGCAUGCCAUCGAUGAAUUCGCCACAGAUGAGAAAGGCCAUGCAGCAGAUGCAGUCCAAUCCUGCGAUGAUGGAGAACAUCCAGAAGAUGAUGGGCGGUAUGGGAGGUAUGGGAGGUAUGGGAGGCAUGCCUAACCAACAGGAUAUGAUGUCCAUGAUGCAAGAUCCUAAAAUCAAGGCCAUGGCCGAACAAAUGAAGAAACAGUUUGGUCUUUCUUGA